AAGAUAACUCGGAGACGUAGGUGGGUUAGGGCCUCGCUUUUCCUGGAUAUGAGGGGAAUCAAGGAUCGGCCGGUGCUCCGCUUCCCGCGCUGGGCUGUGUAGACUUGGAUGUCAGCUGCUGUGCCGCUUUCCGUCGUCGUCUUGACACGAGAUAACGACCUUCGCUAAUACCUAUCUAUCCAUCUAAUUGCCUACCCGCUGGACGCUUCUGUGUGUUUUCCGCCUCUCACCACUCUCAUACCAUUGACGUUAGUGACUCCUAGCAUCAUUCCCAGUAUCGAGUUUGCGAGUUUCGUUUAUAUUAGCCACCUGCUCCCUGUAUAUCGAGUUUCCAUCCAUCCCACUUCUCACUACCUGUGUUCGGUUUCACUGAGCAAUUUCUUCAGCCCUUGAUGCGACUUGGCUGCGCCUGUCCCAGGCCACUGCCUUAAUUUCGCUUCCGUUGGGGGUCAUGGCUAUUUUUCCCAUCAGAAACCAUAACCACGCUAGUACUACUAACCACCUCGUCUGCCCCAACUCGGUAUGCGGAUAAACGAGACGGAAGGGUCACUACUACUGCUGCUGUUAUGAUCGAUCGGCCAACCGCUUUUCGUACACCCAUACGCUCCUCCUCACCUCUCUUUCAACAUGGCUGAUGUCGAAGAACCCAAAUUCAACUCCCUCGCGGAUCGCAUCGCUGCGCUGAACAAACAGAAAAACUUCACUGCUCCUCCCUCUUCCGCCAGACGACCCCCUCCUCCGCCCCCUCCCGCUUCUGGGCGGUCUCCGUCUCGGGUUCCAACUGCAGGUACAAACGGUACCGCAUCGCAAAGUCCCAACAUACCCGCCCGAUCACAGGAGGGUAGCCAACCUAGUCUCCCGCAACGAACCAAUACGUUAACAGACCGCGCCAUCGACGCCUCCCCAAGCCUGCCCACCCGUCCUACACCUCCGCCGCUCCCUGAUCGGAAGAGUUCAGUCCAGUCCUCGCCUGCGCUACCGGCGCGUCGACCGUCGGCGCAGCCGUUGAACAGCAGGAGAGGUUCCAAUUCGUCCGAAGUGUCGCACAUAUCAAGCGCAUCGAACUUGUCGCUGAAACCCGUUUCCUCCCGCACCAGCACGACAUCGACCGAGACGCAACCUACAAGAAGAGUUCUCGCUCCCACCUUAGACCAGGCAAAGCUGCCUCCCCUUCCCCCGUCGAGAAAAGAGAGAGAGGCGCAAGCAGCCAAGGAGGCAGCGGAGAGAGAGGCUGCGGAAAUCGUCAGGGCCCCUCUUCUGCCUGCGCGGUCUGCACCAACGGUGCCUCAAGUCGGACCAAGGCCCAAUCUGCUUCCCAAGUUACCCUCAAGGCCUGCGAAGCCGUCAGCUCCUUCGCACGUUGGCGAAAGUCCCGCGGCCCCGCGGCGCCUGCCCCCACCACCUUCUGCCUUUGUCCGACCGACGAUUGCCCUCGCGGCCCCUUCGAAACCUGGCUCGAGGCCUAGUAACGAGACACCGCCCCCCGUCCCGAUCAGCUCGCGGCCGACAUUUGCGGAAAUCGAUGCGGUUGCUGUGCGUGCGAGUUCAAACCAGGCCGCCUCAUGUCUAGUCUGUAGAGACUUUUCAGCGCCGGAUAGCGUAGCUGCACAACACCCUUACCAAUCCCUCUCGAGACGCGACCCGGUCGGUUACUUGGCAGGCGUUCUCUGCGGCCCAUUCUCUUCAGCCACUGACAAGGCAAGGGCCAUAUUCACCUGGUGUCACCAUAACAUUGCCUACAAUGUGGAGGAGUUCUUUGGAAAGUGUAUCAAGGGUAGAAGUGUAGAAGAGACCAUAUUCUACGGCAAGGCAGUUUGCCAAGGCUAUGCAGAAGUCUAUCAAGCUAUCGCCCAGAGAGCUGGACUGCAAUGCGUCGUAGUCAGCGGGCACGGGAAGGGCUUCGGCUAUAAACCUCUUAAAAGUGGCCAACCACCCCCGCCGCGUGACCCUACAGGCCAUGCCUGGAAUGCGGUCUGCAUAGACAACGGGGAGUGGAAACUGCUCGAUGCAUGCUGGGGAGCAGGUUCAGUAAGUGAUCAGCAAUAUCACAAGCAGUUCAAUCCCCUGCAGUUCUACCUCAACAACGAACUUUUUGGCCUAAAGCACUUCCCAAAGGAUGAGCGAUAUUUCUUUCGAAGCGACGGUCGUAUUCCGACCUGGGAGGAAUACAUCAUCGGACCGGUCCGCGGCGAAAAGGCCCAAGUGUACGGUACUACCAUGGAGGAGGGCGUUUCUGAGUUCACCUUCAGCCCUGCCGAGAAGCAGAUCCCCGUCUACAGCGGCGAGGUAGUCCGGUUCCAGUUUUCCAAAAUCUGCGAGCACUGGGUUCCCGAACGACACGGGAAGGGCAAGAGCUAUUUACUUUUGAUGAAGAUUCACGGCGUGGACGGUAGAAAAGAAGACCUGGUGCCGCUCGAAACGGAUGGGUUCUGGUGGUGGGUAGAUAUCCCAGCGAGAGAUCUCGGGGCUCCCGGGCAAAGUAUUUUCUUAUACGCCCUAACGACACUGAAUAAGAGAGACGCCCGAGGUGUCACUAAAGAGGAGUAUUUCCGGACGAAGAGCAGUGGCGCUUACAGCAUGAACUGGGCAAUUUUCAUCGGGUGGGAAUUGGUAUAAAUACCAUGGGUCGAGGACUGGGACAGGAACCAAGGAAGACAAUGAGGAAUGCAUUUAAUGUCGUUAUAUAGAGGCGUCGUAACCAGUACCUAUAUUACUAGACCUUCCCAUGGCGGCUUCGACGAGCUUUUAAAUAUGUAUAAGAGUGCGAAGAGUGAAUUUAAUAUAAAGACAGCUUCAAGUCAAUAACUAAAACUAGACAAGCAGGAGAG